CCCCGCCUCCAAAUCGCCUUCUGAAGGCUGCAAGUUUUGAUGAGCGAGUAUCCUUCUUGAAUGUUUGCGAAGAUUGUUGUGAAAACAUGAGCGUCAAACUCACGCAAGGGGCUAUUGAGGCCCUGUUCAAUGAGUCAGUGGUGCAAAGUCCAAUUCUGCAGGUUAUAAACAUCCGUGAGUACCCGGCAGGCAAACAAGGCCUCAACAGGUACCGCCUGAACCUGAGCGACGGCGAGCGCAGUUUGUCCUGCUUCCUCCUGGCGACGCACUUGAACCACCUGAGGGAAUCCCAGCUCCUGGAGCCAAACUGCGUGUGCGUGCUCAAGAAGACCAUCUUCUCCCAAUUGUCCAGCCGUCAUGUCGUGGUGGUGUUGGACAUGGACGUGUUGCAGACCGCCGCCGAGACGGGAGGGAGGAUCGGCAAUCCCACACAGUUAACCGAUCAAACCCCGGACCAGCAGCAGGCGGAGCCGAGCACUUCUAGGUCUGAUGAAAUUCCCGGACCGUCUGGAUGCGGCCCCAGCGGUGGUGGAAACUAUGACAUGAAGACUUCCCCCAGGAAGGCGCCUGCCCCCAGGAUGGCGUCCCCUAUGCAGGCCUCACCCAUGAAGGUGCCUCAGAUGGCGUCCCCCUUGCAAGCCUCCCCUAUGAAGGCGCACGGGAUGGCGUCCCCCAGGAUGGCGUCCCCCAUGAAAACGCCUGGGAUGGCAUCCCCCAUGCAGGCCUCCCCUAUGAAGGCGCCUGGGAUGGCGUCCCCCAGGAUGCCGUCCCCCAUGAAAGCGCCUGGGAUGGCGUCCCCCAUGCAGGCCUCCCCAAUGAAGGCGCCUGGGAUGGCGUCCCCCAGGAUGCCGUCCCCCAUGAAAGCACCUGGGAUGGCGUCCCCCAUGCAGGCCUCCCCAAUGAAGGCGCCUGGGAUGGCGUCCCCCAUGCAGGCCUCCCCCAUGAAGGCGCACGGGAUGGCAUCUCCCAGGAUGGCCUCCCUCAUGACUCCUUCGCCAAUGAAGUGGUCUGGGAUGGCUUCCCCCUCGUCCAGUCCCUCCCAGAGUCCAACCAGAAUGACCCCAAUAUACCAACUCAACCCGUACCUAAGCAAUUGGACCAUCAGAGCCCGAGUGAUCAACAAGACGGAUAUCCGAAACUGGAGCAACUCCAGAAGGGAGGGCAAGGUCUUCAACUUAGAGGUUGUGGACGAGACUGGAGAAAUCAAGAUUACGGCCUUCAACGAAGAAGUGGACAAGUUUUUCUCGCUGGUGGAGCAAGACAAGGUCUACCUGAUCUCCAAAGGCACGGUGAAGUUGGCCAACAAGCAGUUCACCUCGCUGAAAAACGACUACGAGAUUACGCUGAGCGCCAGCUCGCGCAUCGUGCCCUGCGACGACGACCGCGGCGUGCCCAACCUGCUCUGCCGAUUCGUGCCCAUCUCGCAGUUGGAGGACAAAGAUCCCGACGCCGUCGUCGACGUGAUCGGUGUGUGCGAGGAGGCCGAGGACGUCUCCCUGAUCACCACCAAGGCCGGCAAGCCGCUCAGCAAGAGGGCGCUAAUGUUAACCGACUCCAGCGGCAAGAUGGUGACGCUCACGCUGUGGGGGGACGAGGCUCAGAAGUUUAACGCUUCCUGUCACCCGGUGGUGGCCGUCAGAGGGGCUCGCGUGUCGACCUUCGGCGGCCGCUCGUUGACGGCGCUCUUAAACUCCACGCUGAUUGUCAACCCCGACAUCCCCGAGGCCUUUGCCUUGAGAGACUGGUACAACCAAGUUGGCUACGCCCUCUGCAGUCAGUCCUUGACGGAGGUGUACUCCGCGAGCGGCGAUUUCAGAACCAACUGGAAGACGCUGAGGGACGUCAAGACGGAGCAGCUGGGGCACGGUGAAAAGGCGGAUUACUUCAACUGCGUGGCGACGGUGGUGUUUUGCCGCAAGGAGAACUGCCUGUACCGGGCCUGCCCGGACGGCUCCUGCUACAAGAAAGUUCACGAGCAGGACGACGGACGCUACCGCUGCGAUAAAUGCGGCAAGGACUACCCCAACUUCAACUACCGUUUUAUGCUCUCUGUGAACCUGGCCGACUUCGGGGACAACAUGUGGGCCACGUGCUUCCAGGAGACGGCCGAGACCUUGCUGGGGAUCAGCGCCGAGCAAUUGGGACAUCUGAAGGACACGGAUGAGAACGCGUUUGACAACGUUUUCGACAAAAUCUACUUCAGCACGCACGUCUUCAGGAACAGAGUCAAGUUGGAGAAUUUCAAUGACGAGUGCCGCGUGAAGGUGACGGUGAUGGACGUCCUCCCCGCCGACCAGCGGCAGCACAGCCGUAGGCUACUGAGCGCCAUCCGCGAGCUGGCAAGUCGCGCUCCAGCCCCGCUAAUUGACAUCGACGCCUAGCCGCCAGCACGGUUUUCUUUUUUCCUGAUUCUUCUUUUGAAAAAUGCGUCAACUUUCUUUGCUGAGCUGUCGACGCAGACGCUCGUUGCGCGUGUGAGAGAACCGCUCUGCACCGUUUCCUCGCAGACCCCUUUUUGUGGAAGUGAAACCCCGAAGUUUUGUGCAGUUUUUUCUUUGCAAUGGGCAGCUCCUAUCUGACAGGAAACUUCACGACGGCCCGACUUGAACUUGCCAGCAACAUAACCAGCGGCUGAAAAAGUGCUUCGCAAACUCUUUUCUUUCAAAUGUGCACUUUUGCUUGCUGGACUCGACCUUAGAAAAACAUGAGCCUGCGUGUGUGCGCGCUGAGUACGCACUAAAGUAGUACACGAGUAGUACUUGUAAAGUCGCCAGUCCAUCUGUCCCGCAGACCUGGAACCGGUCUUGGGGACUUACUCUUGGCUCGUGUCUGAAGUGUUUGAAAAAUGUCCGCGGACAUGUCCAGAUGGAAAAGCAGCAGCUAAGUUCCUCUGGCAACGCCGACUUCCCUGCACCUGGAAAAGUCAUCACGGUGCCAGGAUGUUUCCUGGAGUUUGGCUAAAACGCGUGCGCACACACUAAAAUCAUAAAAAGAAUCAAUGCUCCAUGUGUAAACUAUUUUGGGUUACUGUACUUCAGCAAACUUUUCAUCUCUGUGCGCUUUGUCGGCAAUCUUAGGCCACAAAAUAAAAGUGAUGGUUGAGUUGGAGGAAAAAUCUUA